AUGAAAAUUUUGAUCACGUCAGACAGCCAUCUCGGUUACAGGGAAACAGAUCCUUUGCUUUCUCUUGACUCAUUCAAUGCCUUUGAGGAAGCUUUGCGGGGUGGUGAAGACUGUGAUCUGAUGAUCAUAGCCGGUGACCUGUUCCAUAAUAACAGGCCAAGCCGAUUUACGAUGUACAAAACUAUUCAGCUGCUGAAGAAACACGUGCUCGGAGACAAGGAGAUAAAGGUGCUCUCUAACAAACAAUUAAACUACGGCAAGCCAAACAUAAACAUUUCUUUACCUGUGAUCGUGAUCAACGGCAACCACGAUGAUCCCUGUGGCUUUGGUUCACUGUCUGCGCUUGAUGUGCUGCAUCAAACAGGACUGGUGAACUAUGUUGGAAAAAUAAACAACUACGAGCGAAUCGUGGUAGAACCUUUGAUACUUAAAAUGGAACGGACUGUCGCCCUGUACUGCCUGUCCCAUGUGAGAGAUAGCAGGCUCUACAAGCUAUUCUCACAAAACAAGAUCGAGUUCUUAAAAUCAGAUGCGGACGUAAAUAUCCUGAUUGUUCACCAGAACAGAGUCGAGAGAAAUCGCAACGAUUAUUUGCCAGCGGAUUUUAUACCCGACUUCUUCAAUCUCAUCGUAUUUGGACAUGAGCAUGAUCCCCUGCUCUUCGAAAGGAAUGAGCAAACGUACUUGCAAUGCGGCAGCACGGUAAGGACUUCGUUGUGCGAGGCUGAAACGGGCAAAAAGUACUUUUACAAGUUAGAUGUGGGCGAGAGUAUAAAAAUUGAAAAAAUCGAGUUAAAGAGCGUGCGUACGUUCCUUUUCGACACAAUCAGUGCAGGCACCAAGGAAGCUGUGGAAUUGAAGUUGGAUGAAAUGCUUGACACAGUGAACAGAUGCGAAAAAUGCGAAAAAGUAGCUUUUUGUGCAGCCUGUAGACCGUUAGUAAGAUUGCGAUUGGAGGGAGACAUCAGUUUUAACAAGUUUCAUCUUCAGAAUUCGUAUGCGGACCGGGUUGCCAAUCCAAGCGAUAUUUUUCUGUUCGUUAAAAAGAAGAGGCCAGCUGUUAUCAGAGAGAACAAGCCUGUACAUAUAAGAAGCACUAACAUAUACGAAAUUAUACACACUCACCUUCUAUCUUCUAAUCUUGGAAUUGUACCUGAGUUGAUGUUCAUCGAUAAAUUCAGGGAAUACGUAGAGAAGGAAAACAAGAACGUGUUCCAGGAUUUUGUUGAUGGGUUGGAAGCGCACAAGAACAAUACGAUUGUAGGAUGUGAGACAGAACAUUUCAAGAACCUAAAGGAUGCCAUGAACAGAAAGUUUAUCAGAGAGAACAAUGUAGUGAUUAAUGACGAUGAAUGCGAUGUCCCUGAUCAAAAAAUGGCCUCGACCAAUGUAGUGAUUAAUGACGAUGAAUGCGAUGUCCCCGAUCAAAAAAUGGCCUCGAUCAAUGAGAACAACAGUUCUUUAAUAUACGAUAUGGAUGAUCCCAGGGCCAGGCAUCAAGCAAAUCUUGAUUUCAUAGGCGAAGAGGACAUUGUGAAAAGAGGCAGGUUUCAGAGCAGUAAACGGUACAGCCUAUCAGAAGAGGAGAUUAACAAUUUUGAUGUCAUAAACUACGCCAAGGAUCACAACUUGAUCAGGCACGAUUUCAGCAAAAAGGCACCUACAAAAAACGAGGAGGGUGAAAAAAAUAGCGAAGAAAAGUUCACCUUUUCAAAUUUCCUUUAGGUUUACUUAUUUUCGGUGGAGUCUGAUUCAUCACACAUGCAAUAAUAAUAUGCCCCGUUGAUAUACAGCUCGUAUAAGAUGUCAAAAACUUCCAAAUCAUAGUCGUUCUCUCGGAAAAAGUCGAACAAAAGGCACUCGGCUUCCUUUUUGACCUUGAGCUCGGUGCCUUCAGAAGUGUGAUCGAGCAGGCUGAACUUCUUGGUUAAUCUUCUAUUGUUUAGGUAAUCAUUUCUUGAUAGCGCUAUCUCAACACCACAGACAUAAUUUUCUUCGUACCAACAGCGCAGCGACUCGAUCCAUGAUAUGGAGAAAUCUUCCUCUUCUAAUGGCAGAAGGUCACGGAAUGAUGGGCAGUUCUGCGCGGCUUUCUCCCAAAAGUUCGCGCCCUCAUCGCUACUUGGCAGGUCCUGGAUAAAAUCGUCACGCUCUCUCAGAAUCGGUUUCAACGAAUUAAAAUACUCC